CAUAAAAUUACCACGCGAGGGCACUUGGGAUUACAGCUAGCAACUACUGUUUGAGCUAUUAGCAUCCUGCUGUCAGUGAGAAUACGAUUCUUCACACAGUUUACCUUACCUAAGAUUUUUGUCGUAAUUCGAGCAACAUCUCUACCUGCUAUCGGAAUGGAUCUCUCAAAUGAGGACGAUGCGUUUCUGCCUUUUGCCAGGAAAUCAAAGGAGGUCCAGCGGACAUCUGAGGAGGAAAGCAUGCCAGAGUGGCAGACCUUCGAGGAGCCCAGUGUCUUCCCUAGGUACAGUGAGGAGUUCUGGGACAGGAUAGUGCAUCAGCCCAGUGAUGAGAGUCCACAAUUCAGCUAUUUCACAUCCCCCGGAGAACUUUCGGAGGCGUGGGGGCCCCCAUCAAAGCGGCGGCGUGCUGAGGCUCUGGGCUUUGGGGCCCAGCAGCUGCCCUCCCCAGAGGAGCUGUUGGGGCGUCGGCCCAGGGUAAAGCGGAGCGCUGAGGUGGAGAGAACAGCAGCCAUCCAGCCCCGAGUGGCCGCCGUGCUCAACCACAUCGGAGAUCUCAAGAGGAGACAGGGAUCCGUUGAACUCCUCAAAAAGGAUACCUGGUUCAGCCAAAGCAACGACUUUGAGCAAACCCACAACAACACAGCGUGGGGCAAAGCCCUGACAGAGGUGGGAGCUGAGCAACUCCUGGAGCCCAUUUUCAGAGACGAGCUGAAGGACACACCGAUGGAGUCAGAGGGUGACACACAGACACAUUCAGCGGCUGCACUCAACACCCCCAUGCCUGGAUUUGCUGGAAGCGAUCAAAUGCGGAGCCUUGCGCCAGGUGAAAAUCCCAUGAUGGCUUUCGUGCUGGCGUCCGUCGACCGGCAGCCCCAGCCCCAGACAGCCUGGCAAGGCCCCAGCCUGCCGCAGGAGCAGUUCUGGGGAUUUGGGCGAAGAACCGAGGAGUGAAAAAUUGUAAUUUCUCACAUCAAUACUGCUCCUUUGUUUUCUAGCAGGCAGGUGAAAGCCAUCCCCCAAGUCAUUUCAUUCUUUUCAGGAUUUGGGUUGUAUUCAGCGCCAGUAAAUAUACUCUAUACUAGUACUAAGCUAUAAUUGUACAUAGAUAAAGCAGUAGUAUCAGUAUAUGACAUUGCUAUUUAAAUGUAAUUUAUUCACCCAUGUAAUACAUUGCCAUUGAUAAUUUAUGAUAUAUAAUUUAUUAACUACAUUUUAAAUAUGCCUUGUUAUGGACAUGUAAAAAUGUAUACUGCUAGUUUGCACAACUGCCAUCCAAUAUAAGUCUGUGACACUGACAUUUACUUAGCAGAUAACAUAUUUUUCCAUCCACAGCAAUAAAUUGUGGGCUUUGAAGAUAGAUAAUAAAAAUGUUGGUGAAAUGUCA